AUGACUGAGUCUGUGUCUGAUGAGUACAGGGAGAUCGUGGAGCUGCACGACCGAGAAUUCCAGAAAUUCUCCCUUGACAACCAAAUAUACUGCGUUCCGGUGGAUGAGGAAGAAGAGCAGCGGCUCGUAAACCAGCACCAGAUCCUGCGAUAUCUUUUUGAAGGCCGGCUCUUUUUCCCGCCCAUCAAGAACCCGAAAAAGGUCCUCGACUGCGGGUACGGCCGAGGAAACUGGGCUCUGGAGAUGGCGCAGAACUAUCCGGACAGCGAGGUAACAGCCAUCGAUGUGUAUCCCACAAACGAGCUUCCUGACGACCAGCCGGACAACCUGGAGAUUGAAGCAUGGGACUUGAACCAGACGCUCACACCGACCUAUAAACCAAACGAGUACGAUUUGAUCCACUCGAGGCUUGUGGCGCCUGGAAUAAAGCAAGACCGGUGGCCGCGAUACGUCCGAGACAUGGUCCGGCUGCUCAAGCGCGGCGGCUGGGUCCAAAUGGCUGAGUUCUACUACAUCAUCCAGUCAGACAGCGGACUGCUGACCGACGAGCACGCGUUGAUGCAAUGGUCCAACUGUUACCGACGCACGAUGGAGCAGGACCGGGAUCCUCGUGUAGGCCGACACCUAGGACAGUUGAUGCGCUCGGCAGGCUUAUCCGACGUGCAAGAGGUCACGUAUCGAAUGCCGAUUGGAGGAUGGCCGACGGAUCCGAGACUGCAGUGGGUUGGCCAACAGAACCUCGAGAACAUCGGCGCCAUGCUCGACUCGCUCGCGAUAUGGCCCUUCACAACGCGCAUGGGCUGGACCAGGGAUCAGGUGGCGGCGCUGACGGACCGAGCCCGGGCGGAGGCCGCCGAUCCGCUGUUGAAGCUAUACAUUCCGCUGUGA